GUCCACUAUGGCUCAUUCUAUCAAUUCCCCUAGUCUUGAGCUCAUGUUCUCCUAAGUAUCUAGCCUCGUUCCAGCCAUCAUGACUCAAAACAACGAAGACAUGAGGAAUCCAAGCCCUAAUCCCGCUUAUUCUUCCACUGGUAAAGCCACCACUACCACCACCACCACAGCGUCCCAGGAGAGAGACCACGAAGAUACAGAAUAUGAGCGCCUCUUCGGGACCUUUGAGCUUGGUGAGCAGCCACCGACAACACGUCGGGAACUGUGGUCCUAUUAUCUCUACUACAAUGGCGACAACGGAGUCGGUCCAGGGACAUAUACCAAAGCCCUCUUCCAAUGGGCUCUCAACCAGGUAGGCUGGCAACCGCACACCAACCCCCCCAAGCCCUGCACCGAAUCGUCACCCUGCGUCGUGCCUUGGACGGGCGGGCCCCGCAGCGUCUCCUCCGUUAUACUCAUUGCCGACGGCCUCUGUUUCGCCUUCAUGACCGUCAUCUUUAUCUGGCUCGGCAGCGCCGCCGACUACGGCUUCUUCGGCCGCUGGCUGCUCCUAGCGCUAACGGUCGUCUGCUGGGCCCUGCAGUACGGGAUGAUGGCCGUCCGUCAGCCGUCCCAGUGGCCGGUGGCGAUGGGGCUCUACGUCGUCUCUUAUGUUGCCUAUGGCGCGACGUUGGUCUUCUACGCUGCCGUGUUUCCCAGACUAGCGCGACAGAUGCCGCGGGUGCGAAAGGCACGCGAUGAGUUGCGCGAUGGUAACAUCAGUCAAGAGGAGUAUGAUGCUUUGGAGUCGAUGGAGAGAAAUCACAUAAGCAACGUCUCCACCGCCCACAGCAAUAUCGGCUACCUUCUGACCUUGGUCCUCAAUCUGAGCGUGCUGCUACCCAUGCAGGGUAACGAAUUUGCCAACAAUCUAGCGCUUUGCUUGACGAAUUCAUACUGGGUCGUCCUCGGUGUCUGGUGGUUCCUCUUCCAGCAGAAACGUCCCGGUCCAGACGUCCCCAAAGGCUCUAACUACGCUACUAUCGGUCUGAAGCAGUUGUGGAUGGCCCUGCGAGAGGUACGCGCUCUCCCGCAGACGUUUUUGUAUUUUGUAGCGUAUUUUCUGCUGGCGGAUGGGUUGAACACAACUGGAACCCUCGUCUCCAUCAUCCAAACCAACCAAGUUGCCUUCUCCUUCCUCCAAAUCACCUACCUCGGCAUUACGCAAGCCGUCUGCUCCAUCGUGUCCACUUUCGGCUUCUGGUACAUCCAGCAAUACUUUCGCAUCCGCACUAAGCGCAUGUUCCUCGUCACCAACUUGUUCAGCGUGUUGAUCCCGCUGUGGGGGAUGGUGGGACUGUGGACGGGGAAGAUUGGGUAUCAUCAUCGGUGGGAGUUUUAUCUUUACAAUGUUGUUUUCGGGCUAUUCCAGGCGCCGUAUUAUGCUUAUGCCCAAACCAUGAUCUCAGAACUAAUGCCCACCGGCUACGACAAUAUGUUCUUUGCCCUAUUUGGCAUCACCAACCGCGCUUCAUCUAUUAUCGGCCCCAACGUCAUCCAAGUCAUUAUCAACACCACCCAGAACAACUGGAUGGGCUUCCCGUUUCUGUUUGCCAUUUGCGCAACGGCCAUGGUGGCUAUCAUGUUUGUGGAUGUCGAGAAGGGGCGCGCAGAUGCGAGGCGGUUUGUGUUGGCCAAGACUGGUGCUUCGGGUGGGAGCGGGAGGAAUGAAUAGUAGUAUGUUCUUCUGGGUUAGGACGGCUAUUGGAAAAUAUUAUCCAAACAUGGGGAGUUGUGUGGGAGCGUCAGGGUUAC